AUGCUACAACUGCAUGACCUGCGCAUUUUUGACAACACACAACUCGUUCUCGGGGCUGCCGCUUGCCUUGGGGUAGUAGGAGUUUUUUUUCGGGUGUACUUUCCUCAGUCAAAGAGUCGCCUUCCUCUUCCACCUUCCCCUCCCACUUGGAGGCUUUGGGGGCACUUCCUACCGCGUCGCAAUUCAUUUCUCACAAUAGCGGGAUGGAUUAACGAGUACGGUCCUUUAAUCACCGUUCGAUCGGGAUUUGAGAAAAUCGUUGUUAUUGGCCGUUACAAAGCCGCGAUGGAUAUUAUGGAGAGCCAGGGCGGAACACUAGCUGAUCGUCCUCGCAAGAUUGCUGCUGGAGAAAUUCUUGGUGGCGGACUGGGCAUUGUCCUUACACCCUUUGGGGACAGGUUCCGUCGGAUGCGUAGAUCACUUCAUACGCACCUCCAACCUAAAGCAGCUGAGGCUUAUCAACCCCUACAGAUGUCACACGUGAAAAACACUGUCCUCGACAUUCUUGAUGACCCAUAUAAUUUCCAGAACCAUGUGAUGACUUUUGCUGCGACGACAAUUAUGAAACUUGCAUAUGGAGAUACCACGCCCACGUCUGCGACCGAUCCCCAAGUCAUCGAGUUGCGCCAAAUUAUGGAGUUGGUUCGUAGAGUCCUGCGCCCUGAUGCUUACUACCUGGUGGAGUCGAUCCCGUGGCUCAGACACAUUCCUUGGUACGGCCGAGAAUUGAAACGGGGUUUUGAGAAGACCAAGCAACUCAACGUCGGUCAGCUGAACCGCGUGAAAGAGCAAAUGCAGAGAAAUGAGGACAUCGGCCCAUCAUUCAUGAAAUAUAUGCUGGAAAAUGGCGAUGUCCAUGGCUUGACAGAGGACGAGACUGCUUUUCUUGCUGGGGCCUUUUAUGGAGCUGGAUCCGAUACAAUUGCUUCGGGAAUAUCCAUCGUGCUCCUGGCAGCGGCAUGUUUCCCCGAGGAACAAGCUAAAGUUCAGGCCGAGCUCGAUGCGGUCAUCGGAAGGCACCGAGUGCCCACCUUCGCCGACCAACAAUCACUUAUUCGCCUGCCCACCUUCAUCUCUGAGGCUUUGAGGUGGAGACCUGUUACUCCAAAUGGAUUGGCCCACCGAACAACUAAAGACGUGAUCUGGGCAACCUAUCAGGGAAAAUAUUGUAUUCCAGCUGGGACGACGGUAUUCGGCAACCAUUGGGCCAUCUGUCGAGAUCCAGAAGUCUUUCCCGAGCCUGACGUGUUCAAGCCUGAACGCUGGAUCGACGACCAAGGCCACCUGAGAGAUGAUUUAACCAAUUUUGUCUUUGGAUUCGGUCGGCGCGUAUGCCCCGGACAACAUGUCGCAACCAGAUCGGUGUUCAUAAACGCCCUGCUUAUUCUUUGGGCUUUCCGGCUCACUCUGGAUCCUACCAAGCCGUCGGAUGACAUGGGAUUCAUGAAUGGGGAGAAACCAAAAUCAAACCGGCCCUGCACCAUUAAGAUUGAGACAAAGAUUCCCGAAACGGAGCUGAGGCACAUGAUGCAGAAUUAUCCUGAGGUCACGUCUUUGGAUGAGAUCGAUCGCCAGUAG